AGUGUUCAGUCUCUCCACCUGGUUCUCAUCUCGGUCUGAGAUCUGUACGCCCGAGUACAUCGGGGCAGAUAGACUGAUUAAUCAUUUUGAGUAAGUCUUGACUUAAUACAGUAGCUUAAUUUGUUCUCUCUAUUUAAAAGAUUGGUUUUAUGCUUAAACCCUUGACAUUUACACACCUCAUGUUGAGCACACUCCAUUUUAUGAGGUACCGCAAAUAUGUUUCAGUUUAAAAAUGAAAUGUGUUUGUUGACAGUGAACAGCAUGCUGUCUUUCAAUGGGUCAUGAAGUGUAUUUGAUCCAAAACAUUUAUUGGCAAUCUAUAACUUAGUUACAAAAUCUAUAACAAAAAUAUCAUUGCGCUUUUGCCCUACCAGCAGAAAUCAUGGCAACGGAAGCUGUUGAAGAUAAAUUGUCCAGGCAUGUCAAACAAUCUCUAUUGGCUGAAAUGGCAUGUAAUGUUAUCAGGGAUAAAGAUUCGGAAAGGGUUCAGCCACAAAUACAUUCAGAACAUUUACUCCUAUGAUUGAAGGGUUAAUAUUCCCUGAACCACAGCCAGCGACAUCUUGGCAGGGAUUCUGCCACACCACAGGUGGUUGGAAAGCACUGCAUAAAGAAAUAAAUGUCUUUAUAUUUGAUUUUGUGAUGGCCUGCAGCACUAUGAGAAUAUGGAUGCUGCUCUCAAAUAAUUUACCAUUUUGGCGGUCGUUUGUCGCUAUACAGCAGUUUAGAUUCUAAAUUGACAAUCUCAAUGAAUAAAACAGUUUUUUACCCUUUGAAAAUGGAAUCCCCUUGUCGGUGAGCAUCCAUUAUCACCGGGCGUUUAAAUAUUUCACUCUGUUUGGAAAGCACAGAUAGCGGCUCUCGAAUGCUCCCCAUCCCUCUUUUAAAAGCCUGUUGUGAUAUGCAGUGCAGUCGACCUACCUCUAUGACGAACAGGAGCAGGCAUGUGUAGAGAGCUAAGUAUCCCAUGCUUGCACCUGAUGAGUCUUCCACAACGUUCCUGCAAAGUUUUCCUCUUUUCUUUGCGUUUUGUCCUUUUCUUUGUUUUUCUUUUUUAAUCUUCUAUAUGAUUUCUUGUUGUUGUUCUUAUUUUGUUGUUUUCCCCACCUCUCUUGUUUUUCGUUCCCCUUGGGUCUGUUGUGUCUAGGUUUCUGUCAUUUGCUCUUCACCCUUCUUUCUAGCUUUGCCUCUCUCUGUGCUCGGGCCGGCCUUCUCCUUUGCUUUUUAUAGCGGCUCCCCAAAAGUCAUACUGUCACACACACACACACACACACACACUCAAACACACACACAGUAGUGGGCAUAUCUAACUUGUAAUUAUCAUGCCGCCCUGGAGCCUAGCCAGGUUUCACCAUUAGCGCCCAGUACACACUCCGGGCCUAUUUAUCGUAAUGUAUUGUAGAAAGAGAGAGGCCCCCUAAGCAAAUGCUAGGAACAGUGGGGAUAAAGCCAUGGAAAAAAGAAGUGAGAAAGAAAACAAGGGAGAGAUGGAAAAGGGUUAGUAAAGAGAUGAGAUGCUGAUGAACUUCUGUUUGGAUUGAUACAAUGUGAACUGAUUACUUUACUCUACUCUUUUGUCCUUACAGGUUCACCUGUGCCUUGAAGCGUGCACACAGAAUAUCCAACGACUUUGUGCAUUUGAAUAGGUGAACAGAUGGCUGCCUCUAUGCCCCAGAAGGGCCCUACUCUGGCCAAUAUGCCCUCCCAGCAGCAGCAACAACAACAACAACAACCUCACAUGCAUCCGGCUUCAGGUACUGGUCAGCAAGCCCCCAUGCCGCCUCAAGGUGCUUUGCGAGAAAUCUCUCCUGUGUAUUUGUGUAGAAUUGGCCAAGAAACCGUCCAGGACAUUGUUAGUCGCACCAUGGAGGUCUUUCAGCUGGCAAGGGCCACUCAACUGCCGAACGGAGUCACUCAAAGUCAAGCAGCCUAUCAAGACCGUUUUGGCAAACUGCAGGAACACCUGCGACAGCUAACCCUGCUGUUCCGCAAGCUGCGACUGUUGUAUGAGCGCUGCGUGGAGAUGACUACGGACUUGCAGGAAGCACCUGGAGAGUUGGUGCCAUAUGUUGGUGAAGAGACCGCUUCUGUGGCCGUGGAGCCUUGUAGUCCGGCAGUGGGCCAGGAGAAAAGGGAGAUGCUGGAGAAGGUGAAGCAGAAGAACCAGGAGAUGAAGGUUCUGAUGGACCAGCUGAGGAAUCUCUUGUGGGACGUCAACGCCAUGCUAACGCUCCGUUGAUCCGGUCCACCCCAUCCAGCUCCAGUGAUCCGUCCAUCUGACCACCGUGCCAGCUGACCUAAUGGCAGCCCAUCUGUGUUGGUCUGUGGCCCAGAACUCUACGGUUCAAAAGCCUUGGCCCUACUGCGGCUUGCAGGACCCUACAGUACUCUAGUGCACUCCUGGUGGCUUUUCUCCUAUACUUUAGUUUCUGUAUUAAUUUGUGCAAUGUGUAAUCUGUGUUUUAUUUUUCUCUUUUUUUUUGUUUUUCAUACUGUUGGGCUGUACAGGUUCACCUUCUAGUCAUAGUUCUGAAUGUGUAGAACAAUUCAGUUUAUCACAAGUUAUCAUGAGUUAUCACAUAGCCAGAAUGUGUCCCAAAGAAGUGAAGGCCUUAAAUGACCCAGAGAAGAUGUUGGAUCCAAAUUAUCUUGGUGGUAAUGCGUGAAUCGUCUUCCUGCAUGCUCAACAUGGCAGCUAUUUUCUCAGGUGCCUGUGAAAUACUUAAAAAAAAGAUUUUCUGUUUGUGUGUGUGUGGGUAGAGAGUGAAUGUGUAUGAUAUGACUACAUUACUAGUAUAAGGUGCUACAGACAUGUGACCCUCUUUUCCCCAGUUUACUUUGAGUAAAAAAUCCUGUAUGAGUCGUUAGUCAGAACAAAAUAUUUUGUAUGAUAAGCACUGAAUGAACAGACAAACUGAACAAUGACAUUUUCUUUUUUUUUACUUUUUUACUAAAUAAACUGCAAAUGGGUAUCUCCA